AUAUUCCUUAUCUCCUUACUCCUACUAAACACUCAAGCAACGUAGCACACAACAUUGCCCCAAUAUCAUAGCCUUGAAAUUCUUCACAUCACAUUCAUUCAUCUUCUACUUCACUUUCCUACCACACUUCCAAUAACCCUUCUCUUCUGUUGUCCUAAAUUGACAAUAGAACAUUGUAGUAUACUCUCUGAACUAAAUGGCAACCAAUUCUCUUCACUCAAUUCAACAUCAUUCUCUCAGCAAACGCCACUACUACCCUUCUGAAACUGCUCCUCCAUCCACACUUUCAUCCUCACUUUUCCUCAAACCAACCACCAUCAACCCCACCAACAUAACCCUCUCCCACUCUUCCUCUUCCAACUCCUCUAUCACAUUUUCUAUCUCCCAAACAACAUCCUCCACACCAUCAUCAACCUCUCAAACCAGCUCCUUUGAACUCCUCCAGCAGCAUCUCUCAGCCAAAAACUUCCGAGAAGCCGACGAAGAGACAAGACGUCUUCUCAUCGUUUUAGCAGGCGAAGCAGCUCAGAAGCGCGGCUAUGUUUUCUUCUCAGAGGUUCAGUUCAUCUCAGAAGAAGACCUCAAAACAAUUGACCAGCUGUGGAGAGAUCAUAGUGACAACAAAUUUGGAUACAGUGUCCAAAAGAAACUAUUUGGUAAGGCUAAAAAAGACUUCACCAAGUUCUUCAUCAAGGUUGGUUGGAUGAAGAAGCUUGACACUGAAAUGGAGCAAUAUAACUAUAGGUCUUUUCCUACAGAGUUUAUAUGGGAGCUCAAUGAUGACACUCCAGAGGGUCAUUUACCUCUGACAAAUGCACUCAGAGGAACACAGUUGCUAAGCUAUAUUUUUAACCAUCCAGCUUUUGAUUCAGUCCCAGACGAAGUUGAAGUUUCAUUUGGCAGCACUGAGGGAAAUGGAGCACUCAAAGGGUUAAAAGAUUCAUCUAAACCAUUGGCUACCAAGAUCUUCAAAACAGACUAUAGUUUCUGAUGAGUUCAGAAAACUUCACAAUAAACUUGCUGAGUGCGUAGAGAAUGUAACUUAAUUUGUGUUUUAAUUUUUACGUAUAUACAUAGUAAUUGUUCAUUCAUCAUCAAUAGAUGAAGGUAGUUACUUGAAUUGUAUUUUUUCUCUUUACUUAAUAAUGAUAUUUGCAUUUUAGAAACUCAUUAAACUGAAGGCUUAUAUGUAGAAUAAUGUUAUGUGAAUUGUGAAUCCUUGUGCACAUAA